AAAACCGAACCGAUCGUUUCAAUUCCAUGUCUGCGGUUGAAUUGAACGGUUCCGGCCAACGUACUCGCUCCGUAACGGUCGCACUAUUAUUUUCCGACGAAAUAUAGUUCUUCAACCUAAUAAUUUAAAAAUAUUUUGAAGAAAUAUAUACAAAAGUGCCUUUAAAAGUAUAUAGAAAGCAAUAAUUCCUAAAAAGUGCAUAGAGGAAAAGGUGCAGUGUGUGUGGUGAAAUAACGAUCCUGCCAUUUUACAAGGAUUACCUCCUCCAACUUUAAAUGGGAUUAUACCUGAACACUUGAAUUUCCCAGUGAGCAUGGAACUGCAUUGGCAGCUGCUGACGCUCAUCGUGUGCCUCCGGAGUCUGCGAUCCGGCGGAUUCAUCCUGCAGGAAGAGCGCAAGUGCACCUACGGCCGCAUCGAGAAGCUACUGCGCAUCCGCUGCUACGACUUGGACCUCAAGGAGGUGCCCCAGAACCUCAAGACCUCGGUGGAGGUUCUGGAUCUAUCGCACAAUCGCAUCAGGAAGCUGAAAAGUGGCUCGUUUCAGAAGUACACGGACAUUAAGUUUCUGAUGCUCUACGAUAACAUGAUCUUAUCGGUGGAGGUGGGAACCUUUGAGCCACUCACCGCGCUCCAGGAAAUAGAUCUUUCAAAUAAUGGACUGACAACGAUUCCGCUGGAGCUGUUCCAGCUGCCGCGGCUGAGAAACCUCUACAUAGACAGCAACGAGCUGACAUCCCUGAAUCUCCAGGCGCUGGAGAAGCCGGUCCGAGCCCCUUUGGAGUACCUGAAUGUGGCAGGCUGCGAACUUCAGGAACUGCCCGAUCUGGGGAUACUGCCAAAGCUCUGGCAGCUGAAUGCCUCGAUGAAUCCCCUGCAGAACUUCCAGAUCGACAGCCUGGCGAACCUGUGUCACCUGCGGGUCAUCGAUCUGACCAAGUCGCAGCUCAGCAAGUGCGACUGCCAGCAGGUCACCAACCAUCUCAUGAUGCUCGGCGCCAGUCCGCAGUUCGUGCCCGUUUGCAUGGAGGCGCUCGACAUCCGCGAAUGUCCACUGCCCUACAAUCGGACGAUCCACUCGCCGACUUUCGCCACUUGCCAGACGACUGUGGAGUUGGCCGAGUCGCGCAGCCUUUGGCUCUUCGGCGCAGGCUGCUUCGGAGGCGUUUGCUUUGUGCUGUUAAUCCUCAUUUUCUGCGUGAUACACUGCCGGAGAAAACGCACCCAACGACGAAUGCGAAAUGCCCAGAGGCGAAAGCCGUUUGUGAUCUCGCCCAAAAACGCCAUCAACCGCCAUCCAGAGGACGAGCCUCUGCACUGUGAUACUGCCCGAAAAUAGCACUUUAGUUAGUUAAUUAGACGCCUAGUUAGUUUUAGUGGCCAGUUAUUUAUUAUCUACCAUUAACGCCUUAGUUUAGCCCUAGGACAACCGUCUACCUAGCGAAAUGCAGCGAAUCAUUUACCAAAAAUCACCAAAACUAUGAAAAGAACGCAAUCAAAGAGAAAUGCCUUGCUCAAAUGCCACCGCUUAUUUACCUGGUUAUAUUAGUAACAUACCUUAAGUGGGUCUACACAAGAGUAGACUUUUUAUAACGAAUGACAAUAAAUAUUUAAUUUAAAAAU